AUGAUCACGCCCGCCGCGUCGGAGUGGUGCGCCGAGCUCAGCUACAUCGCGCGGCUCGUGGUGGGCGCCACCGGCUCGACCCUCUCCUGCUCCAUCUGUCUCGAGGCGAUCAGCCUGCAGGAGAGCCCCUCGCAGCUGCCGUGCUUCCACGUGCUCUGCACGGGCUGCAUGAAGAAGCUCUUCCCCAUCGACAUGAAGGGGCUCAAGUGCCCAAGCUGCCAGCGCGAGCACCGCAGCUGGAGCCUCCAGCGGCACGAGGCGGCGCCGGGCGGCGUCUGCGUCGUCGAGCACUUCUUGGGCGACAUGGCGGGGCGUUGA